AUGCAUUGCCAUGCAGGUCGUUCCAAAGGGCAGUCCAUAUGGAAGCAAAGCAGCUCUGGGCUACUUUGCUGCAUUCCCCCUCCUCCUAGAAGAUGGGAUGUUACCUGGUUCUCCGCCAAGGAUGCUGGGGCAUACACCGAAGCCAGCAAGGGCAGCCCAUCCGCACCAGGCAGCAACGAAAUCCAGUUCAACAAGCGGGAUGACAAGGUCAUUUGCCUGAGCACUGCAGUCAUUGAUGCCCUUGGCAAGAAAGCCCAAGCCAUGAAGGUGUUGGAUACACAGUUGGGCGAUUUUGGCUGGGGCGUGAAGAAGUUAUUGGAGGAGCAGCUGGGCCUGACUCUGACGAAACGAACGCCGGGCAUGCUGUCGUGCUACGACGGGAAGAGCGUUCCGGAUGCACAGUAUGGGUUCCACGUGGACAAUCCAUACAUGACAAAUAUGGCAGUGCCAGACGAUGGCAGGAGGUUGACGCUUGUCUACUACAUUGCCGACGGGGCAUGGGACGUUGAAAAGGAUGGAGGUGCUUUUCAGGUGUGCCUCUCCAACCCAAGACGCGCGCCCAGCUCCACAGCUGAGGCCUUGACUCACGAUCUUUUCACGGUGGCACCGGAAGGGGACACACUGGUGGCGUUUUUCUCGCACACUAUGUACCAUGCAGUGCUACCGGUGACCGGCACGAAGCCACGCUUUGCGUUGUCUACCUGGUUCAUGGGCUGCUGA